AUGCCUGGAGUUUUGGGCAGCAGUGGAAAGAUCAACACUUUGCAUUCCAAGUGCCAACUGAAAUUCACAGUUGACCUGUGCAUUUUCAUCAGCGCAGUGAUCGUCUCACAAGAAGCCGAGUAUUUGGCCAAGCUGUUCCCGGUACUACCGGUACUACCGGUACCGGGCGCGUCCAGUUUGCCAUGGGGAGAGCCUGGGCUCAUGGGCUCCAGCUCAAGUAAGUCGAGGGUGGCAGACUAUGCGCCGAACGCCAAGGAUGCCUCACCAGAAGUUGCCCGGCACGAACCUGUACGAGUUAGGGCUGAUACUGAGCUCAGGGUUGAAGAGGACGAUGGCAGCACGGACCUCCUGGGCGUGACAAGGAAGAAGCCCAGGGUAAUCGACAGCUCUUCCUUGCCUCAGCCGCAGCGCAUUGCAAAUCGCGGAGCUGCACAACGAGGUCAAGUUGAGCAGACCCCGCAACCUGUGCGGCCACGGCAGCCAAGAGCACGGAACCAGCAGUCAGAGAUGCAGGAGACGCUUUCUCCAAACAGAGUUCAGGUGGCUCCAUCGCGAACUGCCCAAGUGCUGGCACUCAAAGGAGGCGUUGACUUUCCAGAUGUAGCUGUGAGCAUCAGUACCAGAAAAGUUCUGGCCCAUUGGGUUCGUCUUGGAAGACAAGUUCUGAAAGAAAAGAUGGCGCAAGUGAAGAAGCCAGAAAAAACAAAAAAGAAAGUCAAAAUUGACAAACUGGUGGAUAUGUUUUUGGAUAGCCAGGAAGAGCUGGAGCAGUUGUGCUUGGAAGAUCCCGAAGAGUUAAUUCAUUUCCAGAUUGAGCUGCUCACCAGGCGCAUUCGAGAGCUGGAAGAUGAACUCCUCAGACAGUUUCGGUCUGCGGAGAAAGCCCGGUUAGCUGCCGAGAAGGCGCAGGCAGCUGAAGCGGCCAAAUUAGCUGCAGAAGCUGCGGCCAAAGCGGCAGAGGUGCCAAAGACGAGCAUGGUGCAACAAGCACGUGAAGCUCGAGCACAGUGGGAUCAGCAGAUCAUGGACUGGGAUACGGUGUUUGACACUGCAGUUGCCAAAAGGGAGCACUGGAAGAAAAACCGCGGAGCAAGGGAGGACUUGGCCCACCAACAGUGGCGAAAGAAAGCAGUCAUGCGCCAGCCCACUCUGGCCAGUGAAGAUGCCAAGGCGGGAAAAUCUGAAGUUGCAGAGCAGCUACGCAAAGAAAGGGAAAACUUACAAGAUGUCCUGACCCGAUUUGAAGCACAGCAGCGCCGUCAAAAACGUUUGCUGCAGCAGCCUCAACUGGACUUGGCGGAGGCAUUGCAUGAAGAGCAGCGCCAGGCCAUGGCUGAACGAGCUGCGGAACUGCGAAUGGAGCGAGAAAAGGCAGCAGAAAGGAAGCGAAAAGAAGAGCUGAGGCGUCAAGCAGCCGAGCUGGAAAGACAGCGCUUGGAGGCAGAAGAACGCCGACGUGAGGAGGAGGAGCGAGACCGACAAGCUUUGGAAAGGUUGAAGCGGGAAAAACAGGAGUCAGAAAGGCGUCGUGCAGAGGAAAGGCGACUAGCUGCAGAGCGAGAGGAACAACAGAGAAAGGAAAUGGAGGAGAAGUUUCGCAGAGCUGAAGAGGCACGUCGUGAGCGCGAGGAGAAGAAGCGGCGUGAAGCUGCACGUCUCGAGGAGGAGCGUCGCAAAGAAGCCGAAAGGAAACUGGAAGAAGAAAGAAAGAGAGAAGAAGCGCGGUUGGCAGAAGAGAGAAGGAAGGAGGAGGAACGUUUGGCAGAAGAAAGGCGGCGAGAGCGAGCAAGGUUGGAGGAAGAGCGGCGCAAAGAAGAAGCGCGGUUAGAAGAAGAGCGGAGGUUGCAGGAGGAGAGGCGUCGAGAGGAGGAGGAACGCAGAAGACAGGAGGAGGAAAGACAGCGGCAAGAAGAAGAGCGCUUGGAACGAGACCGAAGAGAAGCAGAACGACUCGAAAUGGAGAGGAGAGAGGAAAGCUUGCGAGAAAUGCAAGGUCAAAAUGCCAGACAGGCCUUGAUUGACAGUGCUUUUGAUGACCUCGAAGAUGCUUGCGAAUCAGACAACGAUGUGCUCGAUGGACCACUUCCACAGGGUAAGCCGGGCAAAGCGAAAGGUCGAAGUGCUGCAGAUUGGGCUUCCAGAGCGCUCAUGGCAAUGGAUGGAGAUAGUGAUGAAGAUGACAGUGAUGAGGGCGAUGGGGAGGACAGCAUGGAAGCUGACAUGCAGCUAGUAAAACUUACUGGAGCUAUCGCCAAAAAGAUUGACCGGAUCCACAACCGCUGACAGCUGACGCAUGCUGGACACAUGUCCAUCCUAUUUUGCCUUGUUGCUCGGGCUUCCGACAGACGAAGCUGUCUCACGAGGCCACAGCGUUUCACACCAAGUAUGACCUUGGCCCACAGGAAAA